AUGGCUACAGCUCAAGGCGCCAUUUCCAAGCGCCGGAAGUUCGUCGCUGACGGUGUCUUCUAUGCUGAACUGAACGAGUUCUUCCAGAGAGAGCUGGCCGAAGAAGGCUACUCUGGCGUUGAAGUUAGAGUCACUCCUACUGUCACCGACAUCAUCAUCCGUGCAACUCAUACGCAAGAAGUCCUGGGCGAACAAGGCCGAAGAAUCCGAGAACUUACAUCCCUCAUCCAAAAGCGCUUCAAAUUUCCCGAGAACAGCGUCUCGCUCUAUGCCGCCAAAGUCCAGAACAGAGGUCUAUCUGCCGUCGCACAAUGCGAAUCCUUACGCUACAAACUGCUCAACGGGCUGGCUGUUCGAAGAGCUUGCUAUGGUGUGCUGCGAUUCAUUAUGGAAAGCGGUGCAAAGGGCUGUGAAGUGGUUGUCAGUGGAAAGUUGAGGGCUGCUAGAGCGAAGAGCAUGAAGUUUACAGACGGGUUCAUGAUCCACUCAGGUCAACCAGCCAAAGAAUUCAUCGAUUCCGCCACUCGACACGUUCUCCUCCGGCAAGGCGUCCUCGGUAUCAAGGUUAAGAUCAUGCGUGGUAGUGAUCCAGAAGGGAAGUCCGGGCCACAGAAAUCCUUACCAGACUCUGUUACCAUCAUCGAGCCAAAGGAAGAGCAACCGGUUGUACAGCCCAUGUCACAGGACUAUGGUGCCAAAGCAUUGGCGGCUCAACAGGCUGCACAGGACGCCAGGGCUGAGGAAGGUGGAGAAGAAGGUGCCGCGCCAGAGGAGGGUGGUUAUGCGCAGGAGUAG